AUGGAUACUGCGUCCCUCGCUCCCCUCGACAUCCAGGGCAUGCUUUCCAAAGACGCCGCCGCUGCUCAGCCUUCUCCUCCUCCGGCAUACUCUCCUCACCCGCGCGUCAACCUGCCAGCCGCCGCCGCCGCCGCCGCCGCCGCAAGACCGUCGCAACACAUGGCCUCCCUGCUGCACCAACCCGUCUUGAUGGACCGCGCGCCUUUUGCCUCGCUCAUCCCCCCCAUCCCCGCCCCCUCAGACGCGGACGAGGACGACGGCGACUCGGACCAGGGCCAGUCCCCCAUCUGCUUGCGCAUCAACACCUCGGUCAAAAUCUCGAGCAACCACAACCUCGUCUGCAUCAACGACACCCCCGCCGACCACGCCAACGCCAUUGCCCGCGCCGUCGUCAACGCCAUUCAGGAGAACAGCUCCGGCCACUGCGGCAUCCCCAUGGUCGACGAAGACGGCCGGCCGCGUCCCGUCAACAUCAAGGUCGAUGCUGGCCUCGAGGUCCAAGGAGCCGGCAACAUUGUCGGCAACGAAAACGUCAUCAACCAAGUCCUCGCCAGGCAAUGGAAUCGGCUGCGGCGGCAGAGGGACGAGCCGGAGCUUCACGAUCACGGUCACGGUCAUGAUGCACAUCCGCCCAGCCCUCCGAAACGCCCGAGGUCCUAG